AUGGGGGUAUCUCUGACCAAGGCAGCCCAGUGGACCAGCUCUGGUUCUGGCAAACUGGAGCUGACGCCAAUGAAUGAGUCCCUGCUGAAAGAAGUGCUGCGCUCUGUGGAGCAGCUAGUCUCCAGACACCCACAGGAGGCCGAGCAUGUGUUCCAGGAGCCCCUCCAGUGGAGUACCACUUUAGUGGCAUCUGAUUUCAAAACAGACUAUGACAUCAGUGAAUUCAAUGUACAGUCCCAUGAGAAAGACAGUGAGGGGCAACCACUGCUCCGGCUGUCUCCUCCGACUGUUUAUGUGCGGACCUUCAGCCAGCUCUCUAAACUGGUUCAUCUGGCAGCUGAUAAGAAGCUGGAGGAAGCUCAAACGUGUCUAGAAGAAAACAGAGACGCCGUGGUUAAAAUUCUUGGUCCACGCUUUGCUGAAUUCUUGGAGAGAGAAGACACCCAAACCGAUCCGGUAGAUGAAGACACAGCAAAGGACUCAGAGGUCAAGGUCAAGCUGUUUCGUUUGCUCCAAAAUAUGGACCAACAGCUCCUCAGCCGGCUGCUUGAAGAAAUAUCAGAACAAGUCAGGCCCGACCCGGCCGCAGCCAACAGUGGCGUAGAGUCGCUGAAACGAUUCUGCCGUGGAGGGGACAAGAGGGUGUUGAAGUCGGUUCGAUACACAUCAGAUUAUGAAUUUUCUAAUGGCUGCCGCGCCCCCCCUUGGAGACAGGUGCAUGGUGAGAUUUGUUACCUCAUAAUUGAGCCUUGUGACACUGAGGAACUCAACAUCACCUGCAGCACCGCUGGAGUUUAUCUCAACGCGGGCAUAAAACAGGAGGGGGCGGAGAGUGGCUACAAGCGAACAAGUGAUACGUACACAGACCUGCUAACACUCCUGAAGAGCAGAUCUCCAUAUUUCGCUGAGCACAUAAACAAGCAGAUGCCAAAAACAGACAGCACCACGAAAUCUGUUCAAAUUAAGGACCAAGGCCCAUCCGUGAAGUCUCAACCUGGCGAGAAGAAUUAUGAACCAUCUUCAAGAUGGGGUAAUCAAGGUCUCGGCUCUCCAAGUGGGUAAGUUAUAGUUCCCAUGUGUUCACUGUGCCAGCAGCCACAUAUCAUAAAGACCUGCUUAUAUGUUUUUAGGGCAGGAGCCAUGGAUCUGUCCAGUGACAGUUCAACUGAGGAUGAGGAUGACGAGGAGCUGUCAGAACGUCGUCUACAGAUCCAGAUAGAACAGUCCCCUGACUACUGGCUUAUCUACAAACUAGUAAAGUUCUUAAAGAGAGGCGACCAGACCGCCACCGUGCUCUGCCUGUGUGCCAUGUUGGACUUAAAUCUGAUGCAGGAGGGCUGCCAACUGGACAUCUGGGACAUAGGUGGCGUUGAAGUCCUCCUUAACUUGCUGGAUUCAGAUGAAGUCAAAUGCCAAAUUGGAUCUCUGAAAGUCCUACGAAAGAUUAGUCACAGUAUGCUAAUCUGUCAGACCAUUCUUGACAUGGACGGUCUGCAGAGCAUCGUGAAAAUUCUGGACAGACCAUACAAGGAUCUCAAGGCCUUAGCUGCUGAGACAAUCGCCAACGUGGCCAGGUUCCGCAAGGCGAGGACAACCGUCAGGCGAUGUGGUGGAAUCAAGAAACUGGUAAAGCUGCUGGACUGUUUGCCGACUUUAGCCAACUUGACUCCAAACCAGAAGAGGGAUGUGGAGGUGGCCCACUGCGGGGUUUUAGCGCUCUGGAGCUGCAGCAAGUGCAACAGGAAUAAGGAGGCCAUCCGCGUGGCCGGCGGCAUCCCGCUGCUGGGACGACUGCUCAAGUCGCCGGAUGUGAACAUGCUCAUCCCUGUGGUGGGCACCCUGCAGGAGUGUGCAACACAGGAAUGCUACAGGAUUGCCAUUAAGAAUGAGGACAUGAUCAAGGAUUUGGUCGAAAACCUGAACAGUGACAACAAUGAGCUACAAAUGCAUUGUGCAAAUGCCAUCUUCAAGUGUGCAGAGGACAAGGAGACCAGGGAACUGGUGCGUAAGUACAAUGGUCUGGAGCCACUGGUCUUGCUGCUGGGCAAGGCCGACGACAAGAAGCUCCUGGCUGCCGCCACUGGGGCCAUCUGGAAGUGUUCCAUCUGCAAGAAGAACGUGGCUAAGUUUCAGGAACACAAAGCCCUGGAGUCCCUGAUUAGCCUGCUGACUGAUCAGCCUAUAGAUGUGCUGAUAAACGUUGUUGGAGCAAUGGGAGAAUUUGCCAAGGCGGCUGCUAACAGGGGAAUCAUCCGCAAGUGUAAAGGCAUCAAUCCACUAAUUAAUCUGCUCACUGAGACAAACCAGGCGCUGCUCGUGAAUGUGACAAAGACAGUUGGUGCUUGUGCCAUAGACAAGGAAAACAUGGCAGUCAUUAGCCAGCUUGACGGGGUCCGCUUCGUGUGGUCCUUACUGAAAAACUCCAGCACAGAGGUUCAGUCCAGCGCUGCCUGGGCCCUUUGUCCAUGCAUUGAGAAUGCCAAGGAUGCAGGGGAAAUUGUGCGCUCUCUUGUCGGUGGAUUGGAACUGAUUGUUAAUUUGCUGAGGUCAACAAACAACGAAGUGCUGGCCAGCAUUUGCGCCGCCAUCUCCAAAAUAGCCAAAAACAAGGAGAACCUGGCAGUCCUCACUGAUCACGAUGUUGUCCCGCUGCUGGCCAAGUUGACUAACACAACUGACGAAAGACUCCGUCUGCACCUGGCCGAGGCCAUCAGCCACUGCUGUAUGUGGGACGGCAACAAGGCAUCCUUCGGUGAAGCUGGUGUCGUGGCCCCCUUGGUAGACUACCUCAAUUUCGGCAACAGCUCAAUCCAAUAUCACACAACCAUGGCCUUGUAUCAGCUGUCCAAAGACCCCACUAACUGCAUCGCCAUGAAUGAGAGGGGAGUGGUCAAGCCCCUCAUCCUCAUCAUGGGCUCUGAAGACCAGACGCUCCAGGAAGCAGCUGCUGGCUGUGUGCGCAACAUCCGACUCCAGGCUCUGGCAGGGAAGAUCACAGCACCCCAGAAAGUUUCGAUUGGGACUACAAAAUGUUGUUUGAAACUCUGA